AUGGUUAACGUGCGGCAAAGUGUGUUCUUCUCGGCGUCUACCGCAUUCUACUUCACCCAUUGCGUCGGUAUCCAGGGCCCAUUUCAGCUAGGCUUUCUGGUCUUUACGGCGCCUACUAUGCUUAUAAUACCAACCUCCAUCGGAGAACAUGGCAGGACCAUGUGGACUAUGGGACCCAAUAAGCUCGUGUUCAACACUGUGCAAGCUCUUCAUGACAUCUACAGAAAUGAAAGGUUCACGAAGUCUCAUGCUUAUCUGGUCGGGUCGAGCGAGCCAGGUGUCUACGGCAUCUUCAACGCCAUCGACAAGCAACUCCACCAGAGGAAACGCAACCUCGUCAGUCGGGUCCUCAACGAGCGGUCGAUGCGAUCGUUCGAACCCAUAAUGCAACAUCAAGUCAACAUCCUCGUGCAGCAGCUGCGGCGGUCAUGCGAUGGCAGUCAACCAAGGCCGGUGAAUAUGACGGAACGGUUGAAGUACCUCGCGAUGGACAUCAUGGGCCAACUUGCCUUCUCAUUUCCUUUGAAGCUCCAGACCGAGACGACACAUCGCUCUGUUGUCGCCUCGAAGGCCCAUUUCUACCUCAAUCUCGGCAUGCAGCUACCCUUCCUGGGCACACUUAGCCUAGUGAGGUUGCCGUUUUUGCGCUCUCAAUUCAGGGGUGGAAGCUACUUCAAGAGUUUGGAGACCAUGCUUCGCAGCCGUAUUGCAGGUCGAGACAACAAGCAGGACUUGCUGUACUUGACGGACAGGCUAUCAGUAUCUGAGGAUGACGAGGUCUUGCUUCGUGAGAUGGAGUCCGAGGCAGUGUUUUUCCUUUCAGCAGGAAGCGAUACAAUAUCAACGACACUGUGUGCCGUGUUCUUCUAUCUCUCGAGGAACCCAGAAUGCUAUCGGAAGCUUACACACGAGAUCCACUCAACUUUCAACAGCGAAAGCGAUAUCCGCAACGGUCCACAGCUCACCAACUGCCAUUACAUGCGCGCAUGUAUCGACGAAGCCCUGAGGAUGUCUCCACCACUCCCCGGGACCCUUUGGCGCGAGGAAGCUUUCGAGUACCGGAAUGCGGCAGAGCCUUUCAUGGUCGAUGGCCACAUCGUGCCCCGAGGCACGCAGAUCGGAGUGAACGCAUACGCUAUGCACCACAACGAAGAGUACUUCCCCGACUCGUUUACCUACAAGCCGGAACGCUGGCUGCCGGACAGCCCGGAAGCGGCCCGGAAUAACAGGAAUGCAUUUGCGGCCUUCUCCACUGGCUCUCGGGGAUGUGUAGGGAAAGCUAUGGCUUACCUGGAGGCCAGUCUCGUCGUGGCCAAGACACUGUGGUACUUCGACUUUGAACAAGCAUCAGAUACGGCCGAAACUGUGGGGGGUCCGACGCCGUGGGAACGGGAGAACGGCGAAAGGGGGACGGAAGAGUUUGAGCUACGCGACAUGUUCGUUGCUGACCAUGAUGGACCACAUUUGGUCUUCCGUCCGCGGCAAACAAAUAUAGGUGGCGACUUCGGCGCAAAUAGAGACGAGAAGACUAGUAGUCUAUGA